AUGCAGUAAUUUUAUUUUUAUUAUCCAUCACAGUAUUAAAAGCAGACAAAGAAAAUGGCCUCACAUAUAUAUUUAUAUUUAACUAUGAUGCUAUGUGGAAUGUGUGUGAUGUGUGCUUCUGAAAACGAUAGCCAAGCAGUUGAAGAUUUCAAUUCAGAUGUAAAUACUACUACAAGAGUAUUGUCAAGAAGGAAAAGAUAUCUAGUAUUUCCUGAUGGCAGUUCGUUUCAGUUGGUUUUCUGCACCCAAACUCACGGAUAUCUCCAAGUAGGUGACAUUAUCUGGUUUGGAAGUACAGCGGCUUUGGCGUGGGAGUUGCCUUCUGAUCCUAACCUGUUUAGCUUCUUCAAAGAAACCAAGGAUUAUAAAGGCCUCAGAAGGAGCGAUGCUUCUAAACAUAUCUACUACUUAGAUGAGAACGGAAAGGUGAUUAGCAAAGUCCCUUAUCAUAGACGGCCUAUAGUAAACCCAGCGUUCGCAAAACGCAGCGUGGACAGUAUUAUGGAAAACAAAACCAUAAAUUUGUCCAUAAAAGAUAUGCAUGAUAGGAGCAAGAAAAUGAAUUAUUUGGAUAAUUUGCAUGAGAGCAGCAUCGAUUUCCACAGGGAAGGAAGGAAAAGUCUUUAUGGUAAAUUGGAGAAGUUCUUUCAAGGGUUGGGUUGGGACGGCAAAGAAUGCGUUCUUAAAAUGUUGUGCGAGAGUGGCAAAGUUAAAAGGAAACAAGGAACUUUCCUGGAAGAAAUCAUUCGAGCAACGUUCACAUUGCCUCACGGUCGCAGGUUCAAUUCCGAGCAUCACAAGAAGUACGACGACGCCCACGGGGCCUCUGGCGAUUGUUCCGAGCUCUACCCACGAUGCGAGUACACACGCGGAUCGCCGUUGUUUGAUAAGCAAUAAAAUAUAUUGAAUCGUA